GCGCAAACCAAAACUUCGCUCAGUCUACGUCACGAACCAUGUCUGGAUUCAAUUAAAGCCAUUUUGAGAAAUAGGAUAUAUUGAACCAAAGGCUCUCGCAGGCUCUCUCACUCGACAGAACAGCGGGCAGCUCGUUGAGAGUGAACGAAAACUCCCUGCAACUUAGAAGUUUAACGGCAAGACGCACAAUGGCCGGUCUUAAGUACCUUAGCGGCUUUGGGAAUGAGUUGACCUCUGAAGACCCUCGCUGUCCCGGAGCUCUACCUGAAGGGCAGAACAACCCUCAGGUGUGUCCAUAUGGGCUCUACGCUGAGCAGCUCUCUGGGUCUGCAUUCACCUGUCCACGCUCCUCCAACAAAAGAAGCUGGUUGUAUCGCAUCUUACCAUCUGUUCGGCACAAGCCCUUCACAGCUAUGAAGUGUGAGGACCUAACUGAGAGCUGGAAUGAGGUUGACCCUGACCCCAAUCAGUUGCGAUGGCUACCAUUCACUAUUCCCAAAGCCGCUGAGAAGAAAGUGUGCUUUGUAGCGGGUCUACACACUCUGUGUGGAGCAGGUGAUUCCAAAUCCCGAAAUGGAAUCGCCAUUCAUGUGUACUCCUGCAAUACAUCCAUGACUGACAGCUGCUUCCAGAAUUCAGAUGGAGACUUCCUGGUCGUGCCUCAGCAAGGUGAAAUCCUCAUUACAACUGAGUUUGGGAAGAUGAUGGUAGAGCCCAAUGAGAUUUGUGUUAUCCAGCAAGGAAUGCGGUUCUCUGUUGAUGUGUUUGGAGAGACCAGAGGCUACAUCCUGGAGGUCUAUGGUGCCCACUUCGAGCUCCCAGAUCUGGGACCAAUAGGGGCCAAUGGCCUGGCCAAUCCCAGAGACUUCUUGGCACCAGUGGCCUGGUACGAAGACCGCACAGUCAAUGGAUACACCAUCGUCAACAAGUACCAAGGGAAGCUAUUCUCCUGUCAGCAGGACUUCUCUCCCUUCAAUGUGGUGGCAUGGCAUGGAAACUACACUCCUUACAAAUACAACUUGGAGAACUUCAUGGUCAUUAACUGUGUGGCCUUCGAUCAUGCCGAUCCAUCCAUUUUCACAGUUCUAACAGCCAAGUCUACGCGUCCAGGGGUCGCCAUUGCUGAUUUUGUGAUCUUCCCCCCUCGCUGGGGUGUGGCUGACCACACCUUCCGGCCCCCAUACUACCACCGGAACUGCAUGAGUGAGUUCAUGGGCCUGAUCAAGGGUCACUACGAGGCAAAGGAGGAGGGCUUCCAGCCAGGAGGUGGCAGUCUCCACAGCAUCAUGACCCCCCAUGGGCCAGACGGAGACUGCUUUGAGAAGAACAGCACGUCUGUGCUUACACCCGAGAGGGUUGCGGAGGGAACUAUGGCCUUCAUGUUUGAAUCAUCAUUCAGCAUGGCAGUCACAAAGUGGGGACUGCAGACAUGCCAGCGUCUGGACAAAAGCUACUACAAAUGCUGGGAAUCUCUCAAGAGCCACUUCAAUCCCAACUGGAAACCCACUAGCAAGUAGAAAAAUGUGCCAACUCGGAGAAAAAUGUUGAUUUGAGAGGGGGAAAAACCACCCACUCACAUCUUUCUCUAUUAUCCCUGAUAUUAUGCUCAAGAUGACAUGGAGUGUGCAACUGGAAGAGGCAGACUUUAUCAAUUACUCCUGGUCAUUCCUCAACUACAUUUCAUGUUUUUCAAGUAAAAAUAAAGACAUGUUCCAUUA